CAACAAUCCCGUUGCCGAGACCGCGCCGGUCACGACUCACGACGGGGUUUCUAUUCAUCGCAUCCGCGAUUUUUGCGGCUCCCAUCGCAGAAGUGCUCCUCCCCCACCUCCCGUGCCUUCUCCGGCUCCGGCGCUACUCCGCCGCCCUCCACCACUGCUCCCGCCGCCCUCCGCCGCUCCCGCCUCCUCCGUCGCCGCUCCCGCCGCAUCCACCUCUGCCGCCGCUCCGCCGCCUCCGCCGCCGCUCCUCUGCUUCCCCGGCUCUGGCGUUGCUCUCGCCGCCCUCCACAACUGCUCCCGCCGCUGCUUCCCGACCUCCCCGGCUCUAGCGCCGCUCCCGCCGCCCUCACGACCGCUCCGGCCGCCUCCGCCGCUCCCGCCUCCUCCGCCGCCGCUCGCGCUGCCUCCACCUCCGCCGCCGCUUCUGCGACGUGAUGCUCAGAAAUCGCGCGCGCGCGAUGAAUAGAUCUCCCCGUCACGACGGCCUCGAUGCCGGCCGGUGGAGCUAGGACGAACCCGGGUCGGUUUGUAACAACUGCCGACUCCUAUCGUCGCUACUCGCUAGCAAACCGCUGAAGCCAGCCAUGUGUAUAUGUGUCAAGGUGUGCACCUGCGAUCGGCAAGAACGUGAUGGCCGAUCAAGAUCCCAUGUCUGGUGAUGACGGCAGUGGAAAUGAAGAUUGUCUAUUUGAUGACCCUUUCCUAGAGGAUGGGUUUGGUAACUUAACAGAAUGGAGGUUGAGCGAUCUUAAGAAAGACUUCUUGAAGCACCUAGAGGAUGAAUCAAGUAGGGCAAGGACAAGAGAAAGGAAACAUCCAAAAGAACAGAAGAUGAAGCUGCACAAUGAUCUUAUGGAACAAUACAUGCAGUCAGCCCUAAAGAAAUACAACACUGAAGAAAGCAUCGAUGGGGAUUCGGGUUUUGAGUUUGUGAAAGCAAUAAAAGAGAGCUUCAUUGUUGAAGGAGCGGUCAAUUUUUAUCGGCAUUUUAACUUCACAGCCAUGCAAGGCAGCACAAUUCACUUAUUUUUCGCUGAAGUUAUCCCAGAUGGAGAGAGUUGUGAUGUGUCUUGUUGCAGGCUUCUACAAGAUAAUGACAAUGGAAGAUGCCUUGGUUGUAAAAAUCAAGGUGACCCUGACUUACGGCAUCCUGCUUCCGACAAUGUCUAUGCUGGAGGACAUGAGGAUAGCGCAUUCCCAUUUCUUAUUGACAGUGAUAGUGAGGAUGACGGUGAUUGAGCAUGGGAGAUUGCCUAGGUUUUAGAAGAUUUACUCUGGCCAAGAAUCGUUCUGCAAUUCUGCAAUGCUAGCAUCAUAUUGUACACGUCAAACUUGAGCCGGCCACUUCGGGCACUUUGUGCCUUCCAGCAAUGCUGUCAUGUUGGAACACUAUGUACCUCCCAACAGUUCUUCUAUUCUAUAGACAUGAAAUCUGGACAAUUUCCACUUCCACCUGUUCUGUUUUUAAUUAUGUCUAGGUCACUGAGAAACUAGUGAAAAUACUGCGAAGGGUGGCCUCGUGGCAAGACGAGCUGCUUGUAAAGUUAUAAAGAGAGCCAAACAGAGUUUCACUGGAGUUGAGCGUGGAGCUCUCAGACUCAGAUGAGCAUGGACUCGCUGUCAGAUGAGCGUGUAGUUUGCUGUUGCUGUAAUAUUCCAUUGCGAUGACCA